AUGGGACGCAAUGGCCAGAAGAGUAGGCAGUACGUGGCCUGCGGCAGCUGCAGGGGCUGGACGUGCGAGGACAAGCUCAGGCGGGCGCGGGGCGGGCGCCGCUGCUGGGAAUGGCUGGGGCACAGCCACACGCAGCCAGGUGCUCGGCAGCAACCCGCGUCGACGCCGCCUUGGAGGAGUGGGCCCACGCCGCGCGAGGCGAAGUGGGGCUUCACCACGAAGGCCUGCCUGGAGUUCCUGACCAAGAACGCCAGCUACGGGGACAAGAUCGCCGAGCUCGCCAAGCAGGCCACGCAGGAGGAGGAGGCCGCGCCGCACCCGCCGCCCACGUCUGCCCGGCAGCGCCUGCAGUCAGCCCAGGGGCGCCACGCGCACCAGCAGGAGAUCCUCGACCAGGCCCACAGCGCCCUGCACGAGGCGGAGGCUGUCAGGGCCGCGGCAGAGCAGUACUAUGAGGAGGUGCUGGAGCAGGCGCUGGCGGUCCCCAAGGAGCUGGAGGAGGUCCUGCAGGGAGACCUCGAAGAGUACGAGGACGGCCCCAUCAAAGACGAGAUCCAAGGGUUCAGGGACCAGGUCCGCGAGGCGCAGAGGCAGGGCCGAGAAGCCCUGGCAGCGCGCCAGCUCGAGCGGGAGGCCAUGGAGAAGGCGGCCGCUGAGGCGGCCCAGCGGCACCGCGAGACCGACGCCAAGCUCCACGCCCAGGCGGAGGCCCACCAGAAGAUGUCGCUGGAGCACGCGGAGCAGGUGCGCACGCGCAUCCCCGCGCCCCAGAAGAAGCGCAAGGUCGACAGGGAGGGCGCGGCAGCGGCAGGGGCGGAGGCUAACAACGCAGACGCCACAGCAGCGGCGGCCUGGGCACUGAAGGGCCCGCCUGCCCCUGCGGCCAACGCCUCCCCAGAGGAGAUUCAGAAGCACAAGGAGGAGCUCGCGGCAUUCCGCGAGCGGGCGAAGCAGGAGCACGCCUAG